UUUUGGGGUAGGUGGAUCAGAAUUCGGCAUAUAUAUAUAUAUAUAUAUAAAAUAUAUACACAUAUAUAUAUAUAUAUGUAUAUAAAUUAACACGAGAGUAGUUCUCUCCUGAGGCUUGGGGGUUGGUUGGUUUGAUUGGUGUUGGGUGAAAACGAGAUGGGUUCGUACGGAAUGCUUGCGAGGAGGGCUUUGGAGACCGAGAUGCCGAUUAUGGUUAAGAUUCAAGAACUGAUCCGGGGAGCCAAAAAUGCUAUGUCCUUGGCCCAGGGAGUUGUUUACUGGCAACCACCCAAAGAGGCAUUGGAUAAGGUUAAAGAACUAGUGUGGGAACCUUCAAUUAGUAAGUACGGUGCCGAUGAAGGUCUUCCUGAACUCAGGGCAGCACUGUUAAACAAGUUGCGUCAAGAAAAUAAGUUAUCCAAAUCUUCGGUGAUGGUUACUGCUGGUGCAAAUCAGGCAUUUGUGAACCUUGUUCUUACAUUAUGUGACGCCGGGGAUUCUGUGGUUAUGUUUGCACCAUACUACUUCAAUGCCUACAUGUCUUUCCAGAUGACUGGUGUCACCAAUAUACUAGUCGGUCCAGGUGACUCGAAGACGCUUCAUCCAGAUGCAGAUUGGUUAGAAAGGACAUUGUUGGAAACUAAACCAGCGCCAAAGCUUGUUACUGUUGUUAAUCCUGGGAACCCCAGUGGAACAUAUAUCCCAGAGCCUCUUCUCAAGAGGAUAUCAGACCUAUGUAAAACCGCUGGAUCAUGGCUUGUUGUGGAUAAUACAUACGAGUAUUUCAUGUAUGAUAAUUUAAAACACACAUGUUUGGAGGGAAAUCACGUAGUCAACAUUUUUUCGUUCUCGAAAGCUUAUGGAAUGAUGGGAUGGCGAGUUGGAUAUAUAGCAUACCCAUCGGAAGUAGAGGGAUUUGCAGCUCAGCUACUCAAAGUGCAAGACAACAUUCCCAUCUGUGCUUCAAUAAUUUCACAGCACCUUGCCCUCCACUCCCUUAAAGUGGGACCCGAAUGGGUGACGGAACAAGUGAAAGAUCUUGUCAAGAACAAAGAAAUCAUAUUGGAAGCUCUCUCUCCCCUGGGGAAAGAAGAGGUGAAAGGAGGUGAAGGUGCAAUAUACUUGUGGGCAAAGCUUCCGGACAAGUACCCCGAUGACUAUGAAGUUGUCCGUUGGCUUGCUAACCGGCAUGGAAUUGUUCUUAUCCCUGGAUCCGCCUCUGGUUGCCCUGGGAACUUGAGGAUUUCCUUCGGAGGCUUGGUGGAAGACCAAUGCAAAGAGGCUGCGGAGAGGCUGAAGAGAGGGUUGGAAGAAUUGAUAAGAGAUGGAAUGGUGCAGUAACCUUCAACUCAAUUUUACCAUUUGAAAAGUUCCAACAUUGAAAUUGUGAAAGCCCAUUUACCAGUUUGUACAAGGUUGCAGCUGGUUCUUGAGAAUAAAUGGCAUGCUUUUUGCUCCUCAGUUAAGCACACUGUAUCAAAUAGAAAAUUGAUUCUAAAUGAAUACAAAACGGUUCAAGAAAAUGUUUACUAGGAUUAUUUUGGCUUCUCUC